AUGCAUCAUAGAGCUGGAAAAACAUUAUUGCCUGAUGAUGAAGAAGAAGAUAACGAUGAUUCAUCCACAACUGAUUUUGGUGGAGAGAAGUCGGCGAUCUUCGGAUUAUCGGACGUGUACAAUGAACUCAGAGAUCAACUCACUGUAAUCGAACAGUUGCUCAGAUUCAAAGCUGUGGCGCUCGUUGGAAUGGCUGGCAUCGGUAAGACUACUCUUGCUCGGAAACUUUUCGAAGAUCCUUUGAUUUUAGAUUACUUUGAAUGCCGCGCGUGGGUGAAAGUAGGGAGAAAAUGUCGAUUGGAAAAAAUCCUAGGGCACAUUCUAGCACAAUUGGAUUCUGAUAGAUUUGAAAUGUGUGAUAAGGGUGAAGAAAUUUUAGCUAACUCCUUCAGAGAGAGUUUGAAGGGAAAGAGGUUUCUCAUUGUGUGGGAUGAUGUAUGGGAAACUAAUCUCUUAGUAGAGAUUGCAAAGUUGUGUCAUUACGACAAAGAAGGAAGUCGAAUCUUGCUCACGAGUAGGCUACAACAUGUUGGGGGACGAGGCGUAGCAGACUUGCAUAUGCGUUUGCUGAAUAUAGAAGAAAGUUGGGAUCUUCUUCGUGAGAAGGUGUUUGGGGAAGAAUCAUGCUCGUAUCAACUUGAGAAAGUUGGGAGGAAAGUGGCCGAGAAUUGUGAGGGUCUUCCUCUUAUGAUCGUCAAGGUUGCUGGCUUCCUAUCAAAGUAUGGAGUAAAAACAGUCCAGUGUUGGAGUGAGGUAAUGUCAAGGAAGAAUCACAAAGUAUACAUUGAUGCAUACAAGGAAACAUGUGAGGUAGUUUUUCCAAGCUAUGACAACUUGCAAUGGCAUUUAAAGGCGUGCUUUCUUUAUAUGGGAGUUUUUCGUCAAAAUUAUGAGAUUCCCCAAUCCAAGCUUAUCAAGAUGUGGAUUGCAGAGGGAUUUCUCGAAUCUUAUAACAUCCAAGAUUUGGAGCAUCACAGCAAGGCGUGUCUGAAUGAGCUUGUUUCAAAUAAUCUUGUUAUGUUCACCCAACAAAGCUCCAUUUCUGUUUUGGAGCAAACUAAAGGAGUCAAGAAUUGUAAGCUUCAUUCUUGUGUGUGGUAUCUGUGCUACAGAGAAGCUAUGGAGAACAAGUUUUUCCAUGUCUUAAGAUACCUUGCUGAUGCCCGAGCAGAUGGGAUUGAGAGGCAGCGUAGAUUGGGCAUUCACAAUAGCGUGCUACUUGGUAUUAAAGAUGUGCACAAUUAA